AUAUUCUCCAAACCUGAGGCUUUUUCUUUCUCUCUCUCUCCAAAAUCUGAAUCCUUUGCUCCUCGAAUUGUCUUCUGCUUCUCUCUCUGUGAUCUGACUUUUGAGGUCCUGGUUCCUCACAUCCACAAAUGUGUUUUUCAAAGCGUGGCCACAGAUUCUUCAAAUUCAGAAUCAUAAUUCUGUCCCUGUCUCCCAUCUCUGGUCAUUUCGUUUUCUGAACUGUUUCAAUCCCUUCAAACCCUCUCCGUCCACAAUUAUCUUCAACCCUACCUCUCGCUCUCUCCCCUCUUAGCCCUAGGGCUCAUAAUUCCCCACUCCAAUUCAAAAUAUCUCUCAAGCAGAGGCAGUUUUUAGCUCUCUGCUUCUCCUUCUUCACACCCAAAUGAUUUCCCAGAAACACUACGAGCUUUCUCAUGUUGCUGUUGAAAUGUCCUCCAUUAUUAUGCUCAGUAUUGACUACUCGAGGCUCUUCUGGUUAUUGUUUGGCGUCUUCUGUUAUGAGAAUUACGAGGGGAAGCCUCGGAUUUUCUAGCACUCUCUCUUUCUCUCUCUGUUCCUUCUUCUGUUCAUAUAACCACACACUCUGUUUCUGAGUUGAAUUUAUUACUGUCAGUACUUGUUUUCUUAUAUAUAAACAUACACAUACAUACAUAUUUAAACGUGAAGCAUCGGUUCGAUCAGUAUCUGUUGGUGAGGUUUUUCUGGGUUGAAGUCCCCGGCCAUGAACAAGAUGAGAUUAGGAGGCGUGGCUCAGAUUCAUUAUGUCGAAAAAGACCCAUCUGGACGAUAUGGACGAUUCAGGGAUGUUCUGGGGAAAGGGGCGAUGAAGAUUGUGUAUAGAGCAUUUGAUGAGGUGUUAGGAAUGGAAGUGGCUUGGAACCAAGUCAAGCUUGGAGAUGUGUUUCAUUCCCCAGAUGAGCUACAACGCCUUUAUUCAGAGGUUCAUCUUCUCAAGAACCUUGAUCAUGACUCUAUCAUGACCUUCCAUGCUUCGUGGAUCGAUGUCCACCACAGAACCUUCAACUUCAUCACUGAACUCUUCACCUCCGGCACGCUUCGAGAGUAUAGGCAGAAGUACCAUGGAGUCGAUAUUCGAGCUGUGAAGAACUGGGCUCGUCAAAUUCUUAGGGGCUUGGAGUAUUUGCACUGCCACGAUCCGCCUGUGAUACAUAGAGACCUCAAGUGUGAUAAUAUCUUUGUCAAUGGCCAUCUGGGGCAGGUCAAGAUUGGCGAUUUAGGCUUCGCGGCAAUCCUUCGUGGCUCUCAACACGCCCACAGUGUCAUAGGUACACCUGAAUUUAUGGCACCAGAACUGUAUGAAGAGGAAUACAAUGAACUAGUAGAUAUAUACUCCUUUGGGAUGUGUAUGAUAGAGAUGCUUACCUCAGAGUUUCCAUACAGCGAGUGCUCCAACCCAGCACAAAUAUACAAGAAAGUCACAUCAGGGAAGCUACCAGAUGCAUUUUACAGAAUCCAAGACCUGCAAGCCCAGAGAUUUGUGGGAAAAUGUUUGGCAAAUGUGUCAAAGAGAUUGCCGGCAAAGGAACUCUUGUUGGACCCUUUUUUAGCCACGGUCCAACUCGAAUCACUGCCGCCACCCUGCCUGCCAUUACCAAAGAUUCAUCAAACUAACAAGUCAAGUUCCAAUUCAGUAGCUGCCAAGGUGCAUCCUUUCAUGGCUGAACAAAUAAAGAACACAAACAUGACAAUAACAGGGACAAUGAAUGAAGAAGACGACACAGUUUUCCUAAAAGUACAAAUUUCUGACAAAAACGGACAUGUUAGGAACAUAUAUUUCCCCUUUGACACCAUAAAUGACACUGCGAUGGACGUGGCCAUUGAGAUGGUGAGGGAAUUGGAAAUAAGCGACUUGGAGCCAUUGGAGAUAGCUCAAAUGAUAGAGGAAGAGAUAUUAGCUCUGGUUCCAACUUGGAAGGAUUGGGGCACUUCUCAGUAUCCACGUCAGCACAGCUUUAGAUAUGAAGAGGAGGAAGAUAUCAGCAACCACUAUCCUUUUUUCUCACCAUCUUCUCGAUCUUCCUCUCACGGUUCUCCCCCAAUGCUUAGCUUCUCUAGCAAGACCCUCUUUGGUGACGACAAUAACCAUCUCUCACUUGCACAGGAUUGGCUUCAAGACGCUUCCUUUCUCGACGAUGCAAGCUCAGAAAGCUCUAUGAACUCCUUCAAGUAUGCGAACAUGAAUCACUGCGAGCUGGUGGGCGUUGAAGAUGAGCAUGAAGCAAAUUACAAGUGCUCAAGGUUCUGUCCUGCACAAGAGAUGGAAGCCAAUUACAGUAAGCAGAUGAGCUACGGAAGAACAACAGGCUUCUCCUGCAGGAGAUGUGGUGAUCAUCGGCCGGCGAGCCUGACGAGAAUGAGGUCAUAUGUGGAUGUGAGGAGCCAGCAGUUGCAGAGAUCGUUAAUGGAAGAGAUACACAAGAGAAGGAUGUUCAAGACAGUAGGGGCAAUUGAGAACAUUGGCUUUCAGGAUCCUACAUGGAGGUCUGCUUCCUGAAAGAAACAAGGAUAUGCUUCGCACGUAGAAGCCUUAUGGAUUCUAGAUCAUCUUCUUGUAGCUUUGGGUGGUUUUGUGUAUUAAUCGUCAUGCUUUGCCUUUUGUUUUCUUAUGUCCUGUUAUACAAAUAAGGGCGUCUGAAGCUUCCACUUGAUUAUAAAGAACAUUAUAUAAA